GGGUCUGAACGACAGGUGGCAGCAUUGCACCCGCGCACUCACCGCUGAACCGCCUGCAGGCGAUGGAGAAGAAGCGCCUGGAAUAUUUUCAAUUCUUUUCAUGUCAGGCGCUCAGUGAAAUUGACAACCAUUAAAAUCACAGCGAAGGACCCACCAAAAAUCUCGAACAGUUAUUGUCGUGCCACAUAAAUAACGGAUACAUCUCGCCGGAUCAUGCAUCCCGUAGAAGUGUCAAUCCCGUCUUUUCGGUCGGAGGGCAGUAACGCGGAGAAGGGUUACACGGUUUUUAAGAUCGAGGUGCUGAUGUGUGGUAGACAGCACACUGUUGAGAAACGAUACAGUGAAUUUUACGCUCUGCAUAAAAUGCUUAAAAAGAUCAUCAAACCUCCAGAAAUCCCUUCGAAGCAUGUGAGGAACUGGGUGCCCAAGGUUCUUGAUCAGAGGAAACAUGGACUCGAGCUCUAUCUCCAGACUAUACUCAUGGAAAAUGAGGUUCUUCCAAAGAUAUUCUUGGAUUUCCUCAAUAUCCGCCAUUUCCCGUCACUGCCAAAAACGGAGAGUUGCGGAUCAUUUGAAACUGAAUCGGAGGAAUCAAGUAAACUGACACAUCAACCAGCUCUUCUCUUCCUGAGGGAUCCCUAUCUGCUGCCUACCACCAACGAUACAUUUUCAAAUAUGGUUAUUGAAGGUGUGAUUCGUGGAAUAUUUUACCCAGACUUCCAGCCGAGGUAGACGACGUCACUACAGCACUACGGACGACGUCACAUCCAGUUCACAGAUAAAAAGGGAUUCGUAUUACUAACACUAAAUCACGCAGCACCAGUUUAACAGACUCCAUCUUUUCAGCCUUGAGAGCGUAGUUCGGCAUCAGCACUCAUUUGUUUCUGUGUCCCGCGUUUGCAGGAAUUGAGAUUUUAUUUUGACACAAAGUAAACAUUCAUACCAA